CCACGAUCAUCAACUCCCCCAUCGUUCAAUCGCGUCACCUUCACAAUGUCAGCCGGACGUAGCGCAGCUCUCAAGCUUGACUGGCAAGCAGUCACCACGAGCCUUGGGCUCCGCGGCCAGACCGUCGCCUCCCUCCACGCCUUCAAGAAGCGCAACGAGGAUGCCCGCCGCAAGCUCCAGCAGCUUUCCGAGGCCCCAUCCACUGUCGACUUCAGCCACUACCGCGCGACUCUCAAGAACCAGGCCGUCGUUGACUCCAUAGAGAACCACUUCAAGUCGUUCAAGCCAGCCACCUACGACGUUUCCCGCCAGGUCAAGGCCAUCGAGACCUUCGAGACCCAGGCCAUCAAGAACGCUGAGGAGACCAAGAGCAGAGUCGACCUCGAGCUCAAGGAUUUGGAGAAGACCCUCAAGAACAUCCAGGACGCCCGCCCAUUCGAGGACCUCACUGUAGACGAGGUUGCCGCCGCCCGCCCAGAUAUCGACGAGAGAACCACCCAGCUCGUCUCCAAGGGACGCUGGGGCGUUCCAGGCUACAAGGAGAAAUUCGGCGACUUGUCUGUACUUUAAAUGUUAUAGAGUUGCCAUUUUCUACUUCCACUGUACUAUUGUAGAUAGGAGAGCCGUUAGACAAUCAAUUAGAUUGAAACCGA